CCCGUCACUUCCUUCGGCUCGAGUGGCUCAACGGACCGUGCAAGUGGCUCUCGGCCGGGCCGCAGGAUGAAGGCGCGGAAGAGCGAGCGGGAGCGAAGCGGCCGGCGGCGACACCGGGCUGACGACGCGCUGGCGACCGUGGUGGUGAAGCAGGAGCGUCUGAGCCCCGAACCUGUCGCGCACCGCCGGCCCGAUGCCCCAGCCGCUAGCUCGUCCCCGCCCGCCGCUGAGCCGGGCCGCGCCGGCCACCGCGGGAGUCGAGCCCGGGGAGCGAGCCGGUCCCCAGCCAAAAAGAAAAACAAGUCCUCAGGGAGAAGAAGCAAGUCUCCACGGACUAAGAGAAGCCGGAGUCCUCACUACUCCACGGUCAAGGUGAAGCAGGAACGGGAGGACCAUCCAAGGAGAGGACGAGAGGAUCGGCAGCAUCGGGAGCCAUCAGAACAGGAGCAAAGGAGAGCUCGGAACAGUGAGCGUGAGCGAGACCGGCACCGGGGCCAUUCCCGCCAAAAGAGGAGCUCUGAUGAGAGGCCUGUCAGUGGGCAGGGUCGGGAUCGAGACAGCCAGAAUCUCCAGGCCCAGGAAGAAGAGAGGGACUUUCAUAAUGCCAGGCGCCGGGAGCAUCGCCAGCAGAAUGAAGGUGCUGGUGGUGAGGCUCACGAGGUGAUCCCUCGUCCUGCUGGUAAUAGAGGCAAAGAGGUGCCUGUUAAAGAAAAACCAAGCUUUGAACUCUCUGGAGCACUUCUUGAGGACACCAAUACUUUCCGGGGUGUGGUUAUUAAGUAUAGUGAGCCCCCAGAAGCCCGGAUCCCCAAAAAACGGUGGCGUCUCUACCCCUUUAAAAACGAUGAGGUGCUUCCGGUCAUGUACAUCCAUCGGCAGAGUGCUUACCUUCUGGGUCGACACCGCCGCAUCGCCGACAUUCCCAUCGACCAUCCCUCUUGCUCAAAGCAGCAUGCAGUCUUCCAGUACCGGCUUGUGGAGCACACGCGUGCUGAUGGCACAGUUGGUCGGAGGGUCAAGCCCUACAUCAUUGACCUCGGCUCAGGCAACGGAACCUUCUUGAACAACAAGCGAAUUGAGCCACAGAGAUACUAUGAACUGAAGGAAAAAGAUGUCCUUAAAUUUGGGUUCAGCAGCAGAGAAUAUGUCUUGCUCCAUGAGUCUUCAGACACCUCUGAAGUAGACAGGAAGGAAGACGAAGAUGAGGAGGAGGAGGAGAUGGUGUCUGACAGCUAGCAACUGAGAAGCACCCCCACUGUUAGAAACCGUUCCUAAUGGAGGCCGUGGGGUUGACUCUCCAGCGCCUCUUCUUGCCUUAAGUCUUUCCCCUGUUGCUGCCCAGCUGUCUUGCAGUAUGAGAACUCUCACCUCGUGUUUUGUUGAACUUGGCACAGCAGCCGCCUGCCUGUUGGCGCUUGUUUUCAGAACAAUCUCACCAAUUACAGCAUGUCGAGUUUCGGUCAGAGUGUGUGGCUGUAGUGGGCGCCUUCAGAACUGCUGCACAGGAACAUUAAGCCCUCGGAAAGGGGAUUGUGGCUUGUUCUCUCUGUACAGUUUCUUAUUUAUAUCGUCGUUGAGCUUUGUGGACCAGGAGUUUUGUUUUGGGGACAAACCCUGGAGCAGAGAAUCUCAGUAAGCUUUGGGUGUCACCAAAACAACCUCCAGCAUAUACCAAAGCUUUGACCCGGGUCAGCUCUUGAGUCAUAGAAGCUGAUUUUGCACUUCGUUUUUGGGGGGUGACAAUUUACCACAUGACCUCAUUAUUGACUGUCUAAGCUAAACAGACACUCUACAACGCCUGUGUAGACAUGACUGUGUAGGGAGGUCAUGGCUUCUACCAGUGGGUGCUGGUGUCACAUGCACUGGGUUGUGCAGCUGCGUCCUGUGAGGACUCCUGAUUCCCCAUGAAACACGGACAUGGCAGUUUUGAUCACCUGGUCUUUUUCUUCAGCUUUGCAUUUUUAUUCAGAUGUUACCUCUCUUUUCUCCCUUUGAGAAACACACUGACGUUGACUUUGUAGCAGGGGCCUUGCUGUGGCCUAAGGUCCUGUGUAUGUGUCUAAAGGAGGUUUGUACUUCUACGUUUCUGUUUCAUCUUUGACCAUGUGUUUGUAUUUACUUCCCAAGGGUGGAAAGCUAGGGGCAGCCCAGCUUCUGAAUGAACUUACCAUCUGGGCUCUGUCUGUGUAAGUAGAAAGUCAUUACUUACAGUAUGUGUGCUUGUAAAUGGUGUGUUUCAGAGCUAUGUGCUGAUCUUCAUAUGACACUGUUUUGUGAUAGAAAUAAUACCACAUGAUAGGCAAAGGCCUGUCUGCAUUUGGAGAGCAGGUUUUCAUUUAUAUGUAUUUUUGAGAUGUAAAAAAAUAAAAUUUGUAAAUAUAGCCCCAUUUUAGAGGGUAAUA